GAGAGAGCGAGGGAGAGAGAGGAGGGAGAGAGAGAGAGAGAAGAGAGAGGGAGAGAGGAUGGAGGACAUAUAGAAAAGUAAGACAUAAGAGUCAGAGGAUAGAAAAAGGGUCUCUUUGAAUACAGUCACCCAUUAACCUCACAUUAAUAAGCAACAAGAACAGUCCUUUGAGUGACAGUUAAACAGGCAGCCAGCCAGUCAGUCAAGGAGCAGGGAGUCAUCAGUGCAGCCAGCAAGCCAGUCAGAGCAAGGACUCAGUCAGCCAGGCAGGUAGCUAGUCAGCCAGCCAGGCAGUCAGGCAGUCAGUCUGUUAAUCAGCGAGGAUGCUGGGAUGCGAGGGGGGAGGGGUAGGGUUGCGCUACAGACUGACCCUGGCCACAGGGCUGGUGGAGUGUCUGUGUUUCGCCGGCGUGGUCUUCGGUUGGGCAUCGCUGGUMUUCGUCCUGAAGACAGAUGGAUACUUCACUGACCUCUGUGUCAAUCUGACUACUGGACCCAACAGUACAGUGGAAACAGACUGUAGUGGACAGGAUGAACAGUUCUCCCUGGUCUUUACCGUCACCUCCUUUAUGAACAACUUCCUCACGCUUCCCAACGGAUUCAUCUUUGACCGCUUCGGCACCAUGACAACGAGGCUUCUGGGAAUAUGUCUCUACACCACUGGUACACUGAUGGUUGCCUUCUCCAGUUCAGCUCUGUCCAUGCUGCUGUUCCCAGCCCUGUCCUUCAUCGCAGUGGGAGGUAUAUUGUUCCUCAUCACAAACAUACAG